CUGCUGCCAUUGCCGCUCACUCUCCUCGCGCGCAGUUUGGAGCCGGAGGGAGCGCAGGGAGCAAGCUAGCAGGCGCUAGGAGCCCGGGCCAGCAGAGGGGGCGCCCGGCCGCUGUCUGCACCGCCUCCACCGUGCUCAGGGGCCCCGGGAGGACAGAGGGCGAGUCGGAGAGUCCGGGAGCCGAGCCCGGUGAGACCCAACUGCGGGAAGGCGCCUGCCCCGUUCAGCCACCUCCUGCGCUCGAGCCGGGGAGCGCCCGCCGACUGCCCCGCGGGCCGGAGAGCAGGGAGCACAGGUCCCUGCAGCCCCAGGGAUGGUCUAGGAGCCGGUGUGAGGCUCGCUGCUCUGCUCCCUGCCGGGGCUCGCCGCCUCCUGCCAAUCUCCUAGGGCUGCAAGCCGCGGCGGCCGGGGGCUGCGCGCCCGGGCGGCCCAGGCCGGAGAAGUUAGUUGUGCGCGCGCCGCUUAGUGCACGGAGCCAGCGCGAGAGAGAGGCAGCGAAGCGCCGGGGCCAUGGGCUGGGGGAGCCGCUGCUGCUGCCCGGGACGGCUGGACCUACUGUGCGUGCUGGCGCUGCUCUGGGGCUGUCUGCUCCCUGUGUGCCGGACGCGUGUCUACACCAACCACUGGGCAGUCAAGAUCGCCGGCGGCUUCCCAGAGGCCAACCGCAUCGCCAGCAAGUACGGCUUCAUCAACAUAGGACAGAUCGGGGCCCUGAAGGACUACUACCACUUCUACCAUAGCAGGACGAUUAAAAGGUCAGUUCUCUCAAGCAGAGGAACCCACAGUUUCAUUUCAAUGGAACCAAAGGUGGAAUGGAUCCAACAGCAAGUGGUAAAAAAACGAACCAAGAGGGAUUAUGACUUAAGUCGUGCCCACUCUACUUACUUCAACGAUCCCAAGUGGCCAAGCAUGUGGUAUAUGCACUGCAGUGACAACACGCAUCCCUGCCAAUCAGACAUGAAUAUUGAAGGAGCCUGGAAGAGAGGUUACACGGGAAAGAACAUCGUGGUCACCAUCCUGGACGAUGGCAUUGAGAGAACCCAUCCGGAUCUGAUGCAAAACUAUGAUGCUCUGGCCAGUUGUGACGUGAAUGGGAAUGACUUGGAUCCAAUGCCUCGUUAUGAUGCAAGCAACGAGAACAAGCAUGGGACCCGCUGCGCUGGAGAAGUGGCAGCUGCGGCAAACAACUCUCACUGCACAGUCGGAAUUGCUUUCAACGCCAAGAUCGGAGGAGUGCGAAUGCUGGAUGGAGAUGUCACAGACAUGGUCGAAGCGAAAUCGGUUAGCUUCAAUCCCCAGCAUGUGCACAUCUACAGUGCAAGCUGGGGCCCAGAUGAUGAUGGCAAGACUGUGGACGGACCAGCUCCACUCACCCGGCAAGCCUUUGAAAACGGAGUUAGAAUGGGGCGAAGAGGCCUCGGCUCUGUUUUUGUCUGGGCAUCAGGAAAUGGCGGAAGGAGCAAAGACCACUGCUCCUGUGACGGCUACACCAACAGCAUCUACACUAUCUCCAUCAGCAGCACAGCUGAGAGUGGAAAGAAGCCUUGGUACCUGGAAGAGUGUUCUUCCACGCUGGCCACAACCUACAGCAGUGGAGAGUCCUACGAUAAGAAAAUAAUCACUACGGAUCUGAGGCAGCGUUGCACGGACAACCACACUGGGACAUCAGCCUCAGCCCCCAUGGCUGCGGGCAUCAUUGCACUGGCCCUGGAAGCCAAUCCGUUUCUGACCUGGAGAGACGUGCAGCAUGUUAUUGUCAGGACUUCCCGUGCAGGACAUUUGAACGCUAAUGACUGGAAAACCAAUGCUGCUGGUUUUAAGGUGAGCCAUCUCUAUGGAUUUGGACUGAUGGAUGCAGAAGCCAUGGUGAUGGAGGCGGAGAAAUGGACCACUGUUCCCCAGCAGCAUGUGUGUGUGGAGAGCACAGACCGACAAAUCAAGACAAUUCGCCCCAACAGUGCAGUGCGCUCCAUCUACAAAGCUUCGGGCUGCUCCGAUAACCCCAACCACCACGUCAACUACUUGGAACAUGUAGUUGUGCGCAUAACCAUCACCCACCCCAGGAGGGGAGACCUAGCCAUCUACCUGACCUCGCCCUCGGGAACCAGGUCCCAGCUUUUGGCUAACAGGCUUUUUGAUCAUUCCAUGGAGGGGUUUAAAAACUGGGAGUUCAUGACCAUUCAUUGCUGGGGAGAACGAGCUGCUGGUGACUGGAUCCUUGAAGUCUAUGACACUCCCUCUCAGCUGAGGAACUUCAAGACUCCAGGUAAAUUGAAAGAAUGGUCUUUGGUACUCUAUGGCACUUCUGUGCAGCCAUACUCACCAACCAACGAGUUUCCUAAAGUGGAACGUGUCCGUUACAGCCGAGUUGAAGACCCCACCGAUGACUAUGGAACAGAGGAUUAUGCAGGUCCCUGCGACCCUGAGUGCAGCGAGGUUGGCUGUGAUGGGCCAGGACCAGACCAUUGCAAUGACUGUUUGCACUACUACUACAAGCUGAAAAACAACACCAGGAUCUGUGUCUCCAGCUGCCCCCCUGGCCACUAUCAUGCCGACAAGAAGCGAUGCAGGAAAUGUGCUCCCAACUGCGAGUCCUGCUUUGGCAGCCACGGUGACCAGUGCCUGUCCUGUAAACAUGGAUACUUCCUGAAUGAAGAAACCAACAGCUGUGUUACUCACUGCCCUGAUGGAUCAUAUCAGGACACCAAGAAAAAUCUUUGCCGGAAAUGCAAUGAAAACUGCAAGACAUGUACUGAAUCCCACAACUGUACAGAAUGUAGGGAUGGGUUAAGCCUGCAGGGAUCCCGGUGUUCCAUCGCCUGUGAGGAUGGACAGUACUUCAACGGCCAGGACUGUCAGCCCUGCCACCGCUUCUGCGCCACUUGUGCUGGGGCAGGCGCUGACGGAUGCAUUAAUUGCACAGAGGGCUACUUCAUGGAGGAUGGGAGAUGUGUGCAGAGCUGUAGUAUCAGCUAUUACUUUGACCACUCUUCAGAGCAUGGAUACAAAUCCUGCAAAAAAUGUGAUGCUAGCUGUUUGACAUGCAGUGGUCCAGGGUUCAAGAACUGUACGAGCUGCCCCAGUGGGUAUCUCCUAGACUUAGGAAUGUGUCAAAUGGGAGCCAUCUGCAAGGAUGGAGAAUACAUUGAUGAGCAUGGCCACUGCCAGAUCUGUGAAGCCUCAUGUGCCAAGUGUUGGGGGCCGACUCAGGAGAACUGCACUCGCUGUCCUGUCACAAGGAUUUUUGAUGACGGCCGUUGCGUUUUGAACUGUCCCUCAGGCAAAUUUAAAUUUAUGAACCAAUGCCAUCUAUGCCACUUCACCUGCCAAGAAUGCCAAGGGAAUGAGCUUUCCAACUGCACCUCUUGUGGAGUAGAUAAGCAUGGCCGGGAGCGCUUCCUGUACCAGGGCGAGUGUCGGGAGAGCUGCCCUGUAGGGCACUACCCUGCUGAAGGGCACACCUGCCUGCCCUGCCCAGACAACUGCGACCUUUGCCACAGCGCACACAUCUGCACACGGUGCAUGGGUGGCUACUUCAUAGUGCCCACCAACCACACCUGCCAGAAGUUAGAGUGUGGACAAGAUGAAGUUCAAGACCCAGAUUAUGAAGAAUGUGUACCUUGUGAAGAAGGAUGUCUGGGAUGCGGCUUGGAUGAUCCAGGAACCUGCACAUCAUGCGCUACAGGGUACUACAUGUUUGAACACCACUGUUAUAAAACCUGUCCUGAGAAGACCUACCGUGAAGAAUUUGAAUGCAAAGCAUGUGAUACCAACUGUGGCAACUGUGACCAGAAUGAAUGUUACUGGUGUGAAGAGGGCUUCUUUCUCUUGGGUGGCAGUUGUGUGAGGAAAUGUGACCCUGGCUUCUAUGGCGACUCAGAGAUGGGCGAAUGUGAACCCUGCCACCGAGCCUGUGCAACCUGCACCGGCCUAGGGUACGACAAGUGCAGCAGCUGCAGAGGAGGACUACAGCUGCUGCAUGGAACUUGUGUGGGUCCCACCCAGGCCCAGAUGGAAGGCAAAUUCUGGAAUGUAUAUCUCAGAAAAAUAUCAAAUUGCCAGAAUGCUUGUAAAACCUGCAAUGGAUCUGCAACUCUGUGUACUUCAUGUCCAAAAGGUGCAUAUCUGUUGGCUCAGUCCUGCGUCUCCUCCUGUCCACAAGGCACAUGGCCCUCAGUGAGGAGUCGCAGCUGUGAGAACUGUACAGAGGACUGUGCCUCUUGCUCGGGAGCUAAUUUUUGCAAAAAGUGCCGGACUCAGCCAGAAUACCCUCUCUUCCUCCACGGAGGCAGAUGCUACACCAAGUGCCCUGAAGGCUUCUAUGCAGAAGAUGGCACAUGUGAACGCUGUAGCUCCCCUUGCAAAACAUGUGAAGGAAAUGCCACCAACUGCCACUCUUGCGAAGAAGGCCUUGUCCUGGACCAGGCAGUGUGCCGGGAAACCUGCUCUGAGAGGCACGUGGCCGUGGAGGGGGUAUGCAAGCAUUGCCCAGAGAUGUGUCAGGAGUGCAUCCACGAGAAAACGUGCAAAGAGUGCAUGCCUGAGUCCUUUCUGUACCAGGAUAUGUGCCAUCGGUCUUGUCCCCACCACUUCUAUGCGGAUGCACGCCACUGUGUUCCCUGCCAUGAAGACUGUCUGCAGUGCAAUGGCCCCUCAGCAGAUGACUGUGACCUCUGUGCUGAGUCAUCCUUGGUUCUCUAUGAUGGGAAAUGUCUGGACGAGUGUCCAGCAGGAACUUACUAUGAAACCGAGACUAAAGAUUGCAAAGAUUGCCACAAGUCCUGCCAGACCUGCUCAUCAUCCGGGACCUGCAAGACCUGUAAGGAAGGCCUGAGGGUGAACAGCCAUGGGGACUGUGUGCCUCACAAGGAAUGUGCCCCCUCUGAGUACUGGGAUGAGGACACUCUGGGAUGCAAGCCCUGUCACACUAAGUGCUUCCGCUGCACGGGACCCUCUGAGGACCAGUGUCACACCUGCCCGAGGCACAGCCUUCUCCUCAACACUACCUGUGUGCAGGACUGCCCUGAGGGCUACUACACUGACGAGGACAGCCACCGGUGUGCCCCCUGCCACAGCUCCUGUAGAACAUGUGAAGGGAGACACAGCAUGCAGUGCCUCUCUUGCCGACCAGGCUGGUUCCAGCUGGGAAAGGAGUGCCUGCCUCAGUGCAGGGAAGGAUAUUAUGCAGAAAAUGCCACUGGACGGUGUGAGAGGUGUAACAAGAGCUGCAAGGCAUGCCGGGGCCCACAGCCCACUGACUGCCUAUCUUGCGAUAGAUUUUUCUUUCUGCUCCACUCCAAGGGAGAGUGUCAUCGCACCUGCCCAGAGCAUUACUAUGCAGACCGGAGAACACGGACCUGUGAGAGAUGCCACCCAACUUGCAAUGAAUGCAAAGGAAAAGGAGCACUGAAAUGCUUAUCCUGUGUGUGGAGUUACCACCUAGUGGGAGAAAUCUGCACCUCAGACUGUCUUGUCGGGGAAUACAGAGUAGGAGAGGGUGAGAAAUUUAAAUGUGAAAAAUGCUACGAGAGCUGUAUAGAAUGCAAAGGACCUGGGCCCAAAAACUGUACUGUGUGCCCCGCCAACCUGCUGCUGCACAUGGAUGACAGCCGCUGCCUGCACUGUUGCAACGUUUCCAAUCCCACUGAUGCCCAGGAGUGCUGUGACUGCCAGGACACUACAGAUGAGUGCAUCCUUCGAGCAAGUGAGAUUGGGUCUGCCCCUGAGCAUUCCAAGACAGCCUUGUUCAUCAUCUCCUCCAUUAUGCUGGUGCUUCUGCUUGGAGCAGCUGUGAUCGUCUGGAGGAAAUCAUGGGGCCGAUCCCAGCCAGCAGAGGAGGCUGGCUAUAAAAAGCUGGCUGACCCUAGCAGGUCUUAUUCCUCCUAUAAGAACAGCCACCGUGAGAGCACCAGCUUUGAAGAGGAUCAGGUGAUUGAGUACAGGGACCGUGACUAUGAUGAGGAUGAUGAUGAUGACAUCGUCUACAUGGGCCAAGAUGGAACUGUCUAUCGGAAAUUUAAGUAUGGGCUUUUGGAUGAUGAUGAUGAGUAUGAGCUGGAAUACGAUGAUGAGAGCUACUCCUACCAGUAGGCAGAGGCCACAUGCACCUCACCCCAUUCCACUCAGGCACGCAUGUGUCUGUCACAAUUUGGGGUUUUAUCCUCAUACACCAGGCUGAUGUAUGGGCAUUUGUAUUUGUCUUGUUAACCAUGAUUCCAACUAGAGUCUUUAAGAAUGCUGAAAUAUUUUGUUCUUCAUUUGAGUGGCUAAACUUGAUUAACCAUAAUUGUUCAACCAUAAUCGAGGAACAAGGAUAAAAUCUGGAGGGGUACAUCAAGACACAAGACACAGGAGGUAAAAACAAGUGACAUUUGUACAAACUGUCUUAUGUGAUUUUUUUUAAAGGAAAUGAACAUAUGAAAGUUCUAUUUCUCAUCUGUUUUGUGGAGAUACCUACUGCCUUCUGAAUUCUGAUAUUUCUGUAAAUGAUUUUUGGGGUUGGGGCAAUAAAAGAGUUGUUUGUCUUAGGGGAUUUUUCUCCUCUGUUAGCUCUCUUUAGGCAGAGAUUCAUUCUGUAAGGGCCAACUAAAGAAGGUUCUCCUUAUUCCUUGUAACAAGUGACUCCAGACCAGCUCUGGUGAGCAAAAGAGACCACCUCUGCUAAGGCUGGUCAUAAUCUAUCUAGAGAUGAGGAAAGAAAAGGGAGGUAGCAUCAUAACUGAGGAAUCAUGUAUUUGCUGGGCACUGGUUCCUCAGUGUUAAUGCAGAGUCAUCAUGAUUCUAGGGGCAGAGCAAGCUCAGGCAGGAGAUAGCAGCAAACCUAGUAGAAAAGAAAUCACUAAGUUUCCAAGAAUUGCAUCAUUAUACCCUCAAGAUUUUCUAAGAAUGUUUCUGGCUGGAAACAUAAGCUAAGACAUCAAGUAAUAAAAACAAAAUUGCAGUGUUAACCUAACAUGAAAUAGGAUAAAAUGACCAAAGCUAUAUCCACGCAAAAAAAAAAAAAAAAGACUAGCUACUAAAUCAGAAAGCUUUCAU